AUGCAGGGCAUUGAGGGAGGCUCUGUGCUGGAGGAGGGGCUGUACAGAGACAGUAUAGGACACAGCUUCGCGAUAUUUUCCUCCCAGCAGCAGCAGCAGCAGCAGCAGCAACAGGAGGAUUACGUUGCAACAGCAAGUGCUGCUCAUUUGAGCCCUCAGGGAGAGGCUCCUAUUGCUGCUGCUGCUGCUGCUGCCUGUGGCCUGGACGUGCCCGACACCCUGAAAGACUGGUGCGGCAUCCCUGUAGCAGCAGCAGCGACAGCAGCAGCAGCAGCAGCAAACGGAGCCAGCGCUUCGGGGGCAUCAAGCAUGCAGGCUACUGCUGCUAGCCUUUAUGCAGGAGGGAUAGGUGGGGCUGCUGCUGCAGAUGCGCGGCCCCCUCUGUACUUACCGGCUGCUGUUGCUUGCGAGCAGCAGCAGCAGCAGCAGCAGCAGCAGCAACAGAUCGCUUUGUCUCCUCCUUUGAACCCUCCGUUCUGCGCCGCUUGUGCGCCUGGGGUCUACGCAAGUUGUUGCAGCAGCAGCAACAGCUGCUGCUGCAGCAGCGGUUGCAGCUGCUGCUGCGCAGCAACCCAGGUAGUCGAUACACCGCAACAAUCUCCGUCUGUUUCCUUCUCACCCCAGUAUCCAGAUGGCUACAUGUGCAUGCAGCAGCAGCAGCAAUGCACAGGGCUGCAACAGCCGCAGCAGGGUACGGCGCUGCACAGCAGCACUGUUAUCUGCUGCGGCGGCAGCAGCAACAGCAGCCUCCCCCUAAGCGAAGACUUGUGCACUGCUGCGAUGUUCUCGGAGAGCCCGCUUCUUAUGCAGCAGCAGCAGCAGCAGCAACAGCAACAGCAAUACGUUCAAGGGGGGUUGUGCUGCGGCAGCUUCCCUGCAGCCUUUCCAGCUCCUGCUAGCUGCUGCUGCAGCGCUGGAGUGCAGCAGGGUGAGCAGCCGCAGCAGCUGCUGCUGCAGCAGCAGCUGCAGCAGCAGUUACAGCAGCAACAACAGCUGCAACAGCAACAGCAGCUGCAACAGCAACAGCAGCUGCAGCAGCAGCAGCUGCAACAGCAACAACAGAUGCAACAGCAGCAGCAGCUGCAACAGCAACAACAGAUGCAGCAGCAACAGCAACUGCAGCAGCAACAGCAACUGCAGCAGCAACAGCAACUGCAACAGCAACAACAGCUGCAACAGCAACAGCAGCUGCAACAGCAACAGCAGCUGCAACAGCAACAGCUGCUGCAACAGCAGCAGCAGCAGUGCAUGAUUGCUCCGUAUAUGCAAAGAGACUUACCCAUGCUGGUUCCGGGCGGUUGCAUGCCGACAGAGUGCAUGCAGCAGCAGCAGCAGCAGCAGCAGCAAUUGCUGCAGCUGCCACCAGCAGGGGAGGGCCUUUGCUGCACCUCCUUGGAUAGUGCGCCGCAACCGUUUAGCUGCGUGGAUCAGCAGCAGCAGCAGCAGCAGCAGCAGCAGCCGAUAGAACUGGGACAGCCACAGUUUGUGCAGCUGCAGCACUGCAGCAGCUUGCUGCAGCAGCAGCAGGAGCAGCAGCUCCCGCUGCAGCGCAGCCUCUCCGAUGGCUCUACUGUUUCUUCUUUUUGCCUGCAGGGCGCCUCAGAGGAGACGCCGAGUUGCUGCUUCACAAGCUGCAGCAGCAGCAACUGCAGCAGCUGCUGCAGCAGUUGCAACAGCAGCUGCAACAACAGCAGCAGCAGCAGCAGCGAUGGCUUAGGCUGCUUUGAACAGGGACCGACGUAUCCGAUGAGGUUUGAGGAGACACCUCAAAGCAGCAGCCACACCGACGAUUCGCUGCUGCUGCUGCUGCAGCAGCAAGAACAGCAAAAGCAGCACGAGCAGCAGCAGCAGCAGCAACGGGAACAGCAACAGCAGCAGCAACAGCAACAGCAGCAGGAACAGAAGCAGCAGCAAGAACAGAAGCAACAGCAAGAGCAGCAGCAGCAAGGAAGGCCGUUAUACUGGCCUGGUUUUGAAAUGUCUGUAGAAAAACCGACGCAGCAGCCUGCUGCAGCAACAGCAACAGCAACAGCAACAGCAACAGCAGCAGCAGCAGCAGCACCCGCGGAGACGAAGAAGGAGCUCUUGCCUCCUACUAAGCCGACAGCAGCAGCAGAGACAGAGGCUCCAGCGGCCAGUGCCGGACCUGCAGCAGCAGCAACAGUAACAGCAACAGCAACAGCAACAGCAGCAGCAACAGCAGCAGCAGCAGCAGGGGGAGUAGCAGCUAGGCGACCGAAGCUGGCGCCGUCUUCGCGGGGGGGAAGGCCAGCAGCAACAGCAAGAUCAGCAGCAAGAUCAGCAGCAAAAGCUGCAGCAAAAGCUGCUGCAGCAGCUCGCCGUAGGAACAUGUGUAUAGUGCCGGUGGUAGGCGUAGGGGGUUUGUUAUGUCUGCCUGCUCGGGGAGGGAAGAACAGCAGCAGCAGCAGCAGCAGCAACAGCAGCAGCAGCAGCACGCAGUGGCACUUUGGCUUCCGAUAUCCACUGGGAAAAGAAGGACGAGCUGAGCUUAUCAAACGCAUGCGGGCUGUACACAGACAGCACAAGGAGUUUUGCAGCGCUACAUUAGGUGCACUAGGGAUAUCUUUUCGUCGUCUGUCGCAUGCACGAGUUGAAGAGCUCUGGCAGAUCGCCUACCAGUGGGGUUUGUUUGCAUUUGGCUUGAGGGUUUCAAGAAGAAGUGCUCCUUGGUCAGGACCUCAUCAUCAUCCGCUGCAGCAGCAGCAGCAGCAGCAGCAAGAGCAGCAGCAGCAGCAGCAAGAGCAGCAGCGAGAGGUCGGGAAUUGCACUCAAACAGCAUGCAGUACAAGGGGAGCCGGUGUAUAUCCUGCUGCUGGUGCUGCUGGGGUUGAUGAUGAAGCAGCAGCAGAUGCUGCUGCUGGGGUUGAUGAAGCAGCAGCAGAUGCUGCUGCUGCUGUUGUAGAGGAAGCAGGUGUUGGUGCUGUUGCAGGGAGCAGUGGUGCUGCAGCAGAAGCAGAAGAAGAAUCACGUGUUGCUGCCGCAACAGCAGCGGAAGCAACAGAAGCAGCAGAAACAAGCAUUGUUGCUGCUGCUGCAGCAGCAGCCAUAGCAGGUGGUGCAGAGGCUGUUGCUGUUGUAUGA